GCGCCCAAAUGGGGGUAAACGUUUACUGCCAAACCCAAAACAAGUGUCAGGGUUUUCUACCGGCCAUGUACAAUCAGCUGGAGUAUAUUGUGAUUACAGUUUGGCGGCGUCUUGUCAGAUAUCCCGCGUAGGAUGUUGGUUUCAGGCGUUUUGGAAUACAAGGUGUAAUGUUUGUACCUUUCUUUAUAAUAGUGGUGAAAUCCACGGAAUAUUCCACAUUGGAACAGCUGACGAUAAUGCCGCACCGAAAAUAUGAACGAGAUAUGAAGAAUUACAAGGAGAAAUAUAAUUAAAUCAAAUGCUUGCUAAUUAACAAAUCAGGCCCACUUCAUUUUAUUCCACUGAUAACGAUCCGGUGCAAGGACUUCUAUCGGUAAAGACAGAGUUUAAUAGCCACAAGUGCCUCCAGCACCCCUGGUCUCCUUUUCGUUGGGUCCCCACGACGUCACCAAUGCGACCAUGGGACAUAGCAGUGAAUAGGUGGCCACCGACAGCCCCCUUGAACCAAAGGAGGUUCCUAGGAGAGCCUUGCAACACCCCAGUGCACCUCAGGAGAAGCCCGCCAGUGAGACGACAGUGGGGGAGUCGAGACCGACUGGUAGUACUGCACAACGCCUUGCUCCAGGAUGAGAACUUCCACCACCCUCUCUUCUCCCAGCAACAUCAGCAGGUUCUUUUAGAUGAGGCCAGACAGUACAGCCAUACCAGUGCACCGCCGCGCAUGCUUCACCCUGCUGCACACCCACCUCAGCAUCAACAGACCCCCAUCAUGGUGGAGCUAAACGACCAGAUGCACCAGGAAUCCGUUCCAAUCUCUUACACCGUUACCACGGUGACAACGCACGGUUUCCCCAUCCACACCGGGCAACCUCUCCCAGGGUGCAACAGUCAGCAGCUCCCAGCAUGCUCGGUAAUGUUCAGCGGACAGCUCUCUCUGCUCUGCUGCCUUCCUCCUCCUCUCAUCCAAGCCUGUACAAUGCAGCAUUUGCCAGUGUCUUACCAAGCUUUCCCACCCCUGAUCUCCAGUGAACAUUUUAUAUUGCACCCCAACCCCCCGGGGCCACCACCCCACCAGCCUCCUCACCUUACUCCUCUCAGCCAGUUCCUCCCUCUCCAGAGGCAGCACCCACGCAUGCCUCUCCAGAGGGUAGAGAAUGAAGUGGACCUCAGAGGGGACCAGCAUCCAUUAAGAACGUUCUCUUACCCUGCCUCGAGUCACCACCACCCACCAGCGAUGCCUCCCUCUGUCCCCCUCCAGUACCUCCCUCAGGAGCCUCUGCACCAGGAGAUGCCCUUCCCAGUGCCAUACCCUCACAUGCUGCCGCGACGUGUCAGUGGUCACAGGUACCGGUUACAGCAGCCCCUGCCCCCACCGCCGCCGCCACCACCUUACUACCCAGGCUUCCUGCCGUACUUCCUGUCGAUGCUUCCUGUGCCUCCUACAGCAGUGGGACCAGCCAUCAGUCUGGACCUGGAUGUAGAUGAUGUGGAGAUGGAGAACUAUGAGGCAUUACUGAACCUGGCUGAAAGGCUGGGAGAGGCUAAACCACGAGGAAUCACCAAGGCAGACAUCGAGCAGCUUCCAUCCUACAGGUUCAACCUCGACAACCAUCAAUCUGAACAAACGCUGUGUGUUGUGUGCUUUAGUGACUUUGAGUGUAGGCAGCUACUGAGGGUUUUACCCUGCAACCACGAGUUCCAUGCUAAGUGUGUCGACAAAUGGUUAAAGACCAAUCGCACUUGUCCAAUCUGCCGGGCGGACGCGUCAGAGGUGCACCGCGAGGUGGAGUGACUGAUACCCAGGCUUUGAGAUCUUUGAUUGGAAAGCAGCACAAAACUAAACCCACGGAGCCUGUCUUAGCGCCUGCCUGGGACCUCCUGCCACCUACCCUCCCUGCUUCCUGCGGCCUCCUGCCAACACUCCUGCCUGCUUCCUGCGGCCUCCUGCUACCUACCCUGCCUGCGGCCUCCUGCCACCUACCCUGCCUGCUUCCUGCCACCACUCCUGCCUGCUUCCUGCGGCCUCCUGCCACCACUCCUGCCUGCUUCCUGCGGCCUCCUGCCACCACUUCUAUCUGCUUCCUGCGGCCUCUUGCCACCACUCCUGCCUGCGGCCUCCUGCCACCUACCCUGCCUGCGGCCUCCUGCCACCUACCCUGCCUGCUUCCUGCCACUACUCCUGCCUGCUUCCUGCGGCCUCCUGCCACCACUCCUGCCUGCUUCCUGCGGCCUCCUGCCACCUCUCCUGCCCCACCUCAACAACAAUAAGCAAUCUAAGAUUGUAUGAUUGGAGCCCCUUCCCCCGGUCGUUCCUCUGCUGUGCUUCUACUGCUGCGUCUGAUGAAAAGCUACUGCCUACCAUAGCCUCAUAGCCAGAGUUGUCCAGUCAGUCUGUCUGCCUGGGAUAGCCAUUGAUCCACCACCUCGAUCUGCUCCUCUGCCUGCCCCAAGUGUUGCAGAUUCCAAAGAUGUGACCUACCGUAUGUUGUUAUUGUCGUAGGGCUUUUACGUUUACAAGGUUUUUCCUUUUUGUUAUCUUGUGGUUCUUGGUUAGUUCUUUGCGACAGAUGGGAGAUGGUGAUGACGGGGGGAUGUGGGGUGAGGGCCUGGUGGAGUGGAGAGGCGUCACACAUUGUUCAAUCAGCAGACCAAUAAUGGAAAUACUUCAACACGGUUAAAACUGUAGGAGACCAUUCCACUGGCUUGGAGAAGCCUGGUUGACUGACCGUCAUAGUACUGUAGGAGACUAGACCAUUCCACUGGCUUGGGAGGAGAAGCCUGGCUGACUGACCGUCAUAGAUGCAUGUUUGUGUAGGUGACUGAUGGGCAAAGUGACCUGUCAAUAAUGUAUGUUUUGCAAUAAUGUAUUGAUGAUUUCAAUAGUUCGUUACCUUUUGUGUUCUUUUUCAAUCUGCUAAUGCUAUUGUGAAAAUAUGACUUGUUGUGGUUAAAAUUAGCCUGAGGUUAUGGACACAUCUGGCACUGAGAAUGAUGGUCCACCACCGACCUGUUGGAGAUAUAUCCGCUCCUCUACGCCCUGUUGUUCCACACUGUGAUACAACUGACUGGAUGGAUGGAGGAGGAGAAUAUGCUGUGGAGUUUACCUUUUUGUUCUGGUGAAGGGGAAGGUCCUCAGAUCGGCCCCCAGAGAGAGAGGAGAGGAGGGGGACAAAGCACUGCCUGUCUGUGAAGUCAUCUGCCCUUUCUGCAAAUUAACCACAUCCAUCCUCCUCGCCAGCCUUGGCCCUGUGUGAGUGCCGGGCCGGCUGUAUCUCAGGCAGCGCUGAGGGGGUUGCAUAAACUGUUGAUUCAGACUAGCAAUAUUUUAAUCAAACGUCGCAAUUUUAAGGGAAAAAACAACAAGCAAACAAACAAAAACAAGUAAUUCUGGCUCACCCAGCGAGGGGCACCCGGGGGUGUGUAGGAAAUGUGUCUGCUGCACCUCUGCAUCGGUGUGGGGGGGGGGGGGUAGGAAAUGUCUGCUGCAUCGGUGAGGGGGCCAGGAUGGGGCCUUCACUACCCCAGUAUCACCCACGCUAACUGUGGAGCUUGCUGCAGACAGCAGUAUGUGCAAUGAGUGAUGGGUUUUAACACGGACAUUAUUCUUCCUGUUUUUUGGAAGAACCAGGCAUUUAUUUGUUUGAGCCAAAUAUUCAAUAUUAUAUAUAUACUCUUUCAAGAUUUCAGAUCUGCCUUCAAGACCUUGACAAGCACAAACCCUAUUUACUUACUAAUCUUUAAAAAAUCCCUUUGUCAUUUCCACUUGUUUUUAAGAGUAUAAUUUUUAAAUGGUAUUAUUUAUUGGUUUUAGCUAUCUUAGAGACAACAUGUUAAAGGACAAGGUCAGAGCACUAACAUGGAAGCGUGUGGUUAAAUGGUAUGUGUUCUAUUCCAAAAGGCAACUUAACUUGGUCAGGUCUUGUUGUUAGGCCGUGCUAACUAAUGGGUGUUGUAAAAGAUUCAUGUUGUAUGCUGCAUAGCUUCAGUGUGAAAAGCUUCUCGAUAAUCGUCUUGUUUUGAAGACAAAAGAAUGUUAUAACUCCCUGUUGUAAACAUCUCUAGUGACCUGACAAGACAGACACUCUGGCUUUGUCCCAGCUGAGCUGACUACUUUUUACAGUGAUGAUCAGGACAGGAAGGGGGGAGUGGUGUUUGGUAGAGUGAUACACUGUUAGACAUCUAUAGGUUUGCGUCCCAAAUGGUACCCUAAGUAGUGCACUACUUUUGACCAGGGCCCGUAGGAACUAGUGCACUACUUUUGACCAGGGCCCAUAGGGGCUAGUGCACUAUAUAGGGAAUAGAAUGCCAUUUGGGUCUCUGUGUUUAUCUUUGACUUCCAAAAGGGAAUGUUGUUGGGGUGUUCAAAAAAUGUUUUUAAAUUAAAAGUUAGUCCGGGUGUUUUUUUUGUAAGUGUUGUGUGAGUAGGGUGGACUCCUUUCUAUUCCCAACUACCCCAAUAAGCACUGCGAGGCAGAUGUACCAUUUCGGAUGGACAUUUUGCUUUCUUGUGUAAAAGGACCUUGCCAUGUUUUCUAUAGCGAAUGUGAGUCUCUUUGUGACGUGUGUGUUACCACCUUUUAAAGAAGAAGAAAAAAAGCCAUCUUGAUGAAUUUAAAGUAAAAACCCACAGCUUUGAGAGUUAAUCUGUGUACAUAUCUGUCCGCUGGCAUAUAUUGUGAGUUUGAAACAACAACAAAAAACAAAAAAAAAAUCACUCAGGGCCUCUCAGUAUAUAAGAAUAAAGGAAAACAAUCUGUUCUAAUUUGACAGAUGCCAUGAAAAUAUUGGUGUUGGAUUUGAAUUUUCUUGGUUGUUUUCCUCAGGCCUUGCAUAUUUUUAAUGUAAUCAAUUAAAAUACGUUUUUUUUGCCAGAGUAGUGGAUAUUUCAUCAUAUAAUUACAAAUUUAGUUUGUGUUCUUGAACAACCACGCGACGUACAGACAUGCAUAGUUACAUAAAGUUUGUGAUCCCAUUUUAAAACAUGCCAUUGACGCACACUAUCCUACCUAAAAACUACAAGGUGUUUGCAUGAUUAAAAAAAAAUUAUAAAAAAAAAAUAAAAACCAAUUUUGUGUAUUUCCAGUGAAAGAUAUCUAGCCAUGGGGGACGGUGGACUAUUUAAACGGUGCUCAAUAUGCAUGCAUGUCUUACCAGGUCCCAACUGGUUUUUAGCUAGCUCUAGUUGGCUUCGGGUCCGUUCUUCAGAUGGUGGAGUUACGUUACUGCUCAGCUGAUAACUGCCAUGCAUUGUACUGCACACAUUUGUAACCCAACAGAUUGACUACUAGAUUUUAUUUUGCUUUAUAAAAAGUUUUUUUUUUUUUUUUUUUUAAGUUGCCUGGACUUGGAACUGGGGAGAAAUCCAGGAUUUUAAAGUUGUUUUGGUUAUAUGUCUGCUAUGUUGUUAUUGCCUCAGAUAAUAAACAUGUCUAGAACCUAGUUAACUGAAAGCCAUAGUGAAAAUGCAUUCUGAUCUGAUUUAGGUAUGAUGCUGUUUUGACAUGAGGAUCGGAUCAGAUGGAUUCUUAGAACAUGUUGCUAUGCUAAUAGCCUUUAAAAAAGUCAGUUACAUUUUUAAAGAAGAUUUGUUUGUCAAAUGAAUAACCUAACUCUCAAUGUAGAUUUGACAUCUAGAUACCAGUUGGAGGCUGCUGAGGGGAGAACAGCUCGUAAUUAUUUCUGGAACGGAGUGUAAAUGGAAUGGAAUCAAAGACAUGGUAACGUGUUUCAUACCAUUCCGCUGAUUUACGCUCCAGCAAUUACAGCAAGCCCAUCCUCCCUAAUUAAGGUCCCACCAACCUCCUGUGUUACCUUUUAUUCACUUAUUAAAACAUUAGUGCCAUGGUUUGGCGGGGGGUUAAACAUUAUUUGGCAGGUUUUAAUGACCAUAUUGUGAUUUUUUUCUUCUGUCCCAAAUACCAGAAAACCUCAUGUACCUUCAAAACAUAAAAUUUGAAAUAGAAUCUUGUAGUCUUUCUGUGAUCCAAUUAAUGAAUAAUCUCACAGCUUGUGUGGUGCAAAAGGGAGAUUUUUUUUUUUUUUAUAUAAAAUGCUGUUCCAAUAAUAAAUCAGCUAAAAUAAUUUUAUUUUGGAUUUUAUUUCUUUGUGUCAUAGAUUCACUGUUUUCCCAAUGAUGUGUUGCUGUGGUGAGAAUAGUGGUCUGUUUUACUGCUCCCUCCAGCUUCUAGGGGGGCUCCCACCCAACAGGCCAGGGGCAUUAGAAACAACAGAUGUUUGGCUUUGGUACUUGCACAUUUUACAGUUACCUCAUUUUUGCCAUGUUUGGAUUUGAAAAAAUGUAAAUGCUUAUAUAUAUAAAUAGGGAAAAGGUUCUGAAUGCUAUAAUGUUUUCAUUCCAUUGAAAUCCUUGUUUGUAGCAUUUAACUAGUUAGUGUAUUAUAUAUACACACACACCUGUAUACUGAUUGACAUUUUUCAGAUUUGUACUUUUUUAAAAGGAAAAGUUGCUAGUUCUGCUUUACCGAGUCGUGCGAUCAUAUUUUUUUUAAUAGUUGUGGCUGAUUUUGAGAGUAGUUAACUAAUAAAUGUAUGAUGUAUACCAAUA